CAAGUCCAACAGACGCGGCAGAAGUACAAGCAGAGCGAUUAUGAUCACUAUUCAACAUUCUAUUUCCGCUUGGAUUUUGCUUUUUGAUGUGAGUGUGUAUGUCGAGCCGAAUUUUCCAUGAUGUUUUGCUUGUUUUCAUGAAGUCCGAUUGCUACCAUCGCAGUGUCGUUGCUCUUUGAAACAUUAGGGAUAGUGGAAUUACCUUUACCAUCCGAUCCUUGUGUCCGUUGUGAAGCUUUUUCCAGUACCGAAAUCAUCAUCUCGGGGGCAAGCAGCUCCAGUUGCAGUUACGUACAGAGAAUCAUACCCAAAUCGAAGUCAAUAUGCCGAGGACGAGUUCUGGAACCACAAAUAAGAAAAAGGGUGGCAACAUCAAGCCGCUGGCCAAGAAGGCGGUCACGGCAAAAGAGAAAAAGAUGGAAAAGAAGAAAGCGGUCAACCCUGAUGGUGAUGUGAAAGGUUCCGCACCAUCCGCACCCAGUAGCAGUACCGCUAUGAAAAUGAAGAAGGCUGCUCCCGAAGCGAAAGCGACUCCGAAAAAAAAAGCCAACCCCAACCCGUCUACUCGGGCCUCUUCUACAGCAAACACCACCGUGAAAAAGUCUGGUUCGAAGAACCCUUCUACCUCGGCAACGGUCAUGAGGAAAGACAAAGGGAACGGGAAGAGGGAAGACGUCGAAGAUAAACAUACACCUUCUACUGGUGCUGCCAAAAAACCCGAGACUGAGAAGAAAACGAAAAAGAAGACCCCAAUAAAAUACAAGUACGUUGUGUACACCGCCGAUGUGGGUGCGCUGCAAGAAAGAAAUGCGGACUUCGUUUUUGAGGAAAACGCUGUGACGGAGGAAUUCACGUCGGAGAGGUGCGAUACGCUUUCGUUUUGGAUCAAGAUCGAUCGUCUGUGUUCUGAGAUCAAAGACCAAUUUGUGUGCUCUCUUGACGGUGCGUCCGACGCGAUGCGCGUGGGUGAGUACGAUGCCCGUCUGCACUGGAAAUGUCAUGUUGAAGAGACGACGGACAGAGGCGCGAUUGACGGGGGAGUGGAUCCCUCGGUCGAGGUCUUCGGGCAAACUUCGACGGAAAUGGGAAAGUAUUGGAAGGAGCUAGGAGCUCUUUACCCCCUCUCGAGCGGAUACAAACCAGAUUUUUACGACCCGAUUGAGUGGAACAAGGGAAUUCCCCAAGAUGCGACCCUCGUCUACAAGAUGGUCGGCGAUUUUCCACGCUGCGUGGCUGGCCCCCGAUCACAAAAUCAAACCGCGGUGUUGGUCAAGCGCGUGACGCGCUAGAAGUCUCUACAGGAUGAGCUAACAUGCUUGCGGAGAUGAUGAUGCAGAGGGUUUUUGGUCUUAAGCUUCCGAGUUUGUGUUGAUGUGCUAUGAAAACGAAGCGUCUCAGAAGUUUCGUGCUGAUUUCCAACAAUGAAUGCGAAUCAUGCCACGACAAUGUACUUAUUUGCGCAAGAGAGUGCGAAAUCAAAAUCGUUCCGCAAUCCUUUUGACCCCAUCACUUCGGGCGCGCCACGACUGGAGUUUCUUAGUACAGGCAGACUUUUUCAU